GCAGGGGCCGAUUCUGGUCACACUGGGCCGCCAUGUUACCGUGUCGUAUUGUGUCUUGUGUCUACUUGUGUCGUAUCAGAUAGUAUCAUGAACGUCGAGUAGCUCUUACGGAGCACCUUUCGAGUUUGCGACAACGUUCAGACGAUCGAGCGAAUGGUUUCCGCGGAACUGGACCAACAGAUCGAACCGACCGAAAGUAUAGGUAGAAUAUUCGCUGGUGUUAUAACCUCGUCGAGUAGGCGAGUCGCAGUCACACAGCCACAGCUACGGCCACACCGUCGACGGAAUUUGACUCGCGUCAGAUUUACAGAAGACGAUUGGCUGUUGGAUUCGUUUUCCAGUGUGCAAUAGACAGGGAACGUGGAACGCCUGGUCGGCGACGAGUGUACGUCAAAGUAAUUGAAACGAGCGGUGUUUGCAGAUGGUUCGAGUGCGGGUCGCGUGUGUCCGCGGAAGAGAAUGUCGGGAAAAUCUCGAUGAUCGCUGGUCAAGCAGAAUAAUGCGUUCGAAAAAGAGACUGAUCGUUCGCCGAAAAACUGCCGUUCGCGGCUAGCGCGUUCGUCAAAAAUCUGGUCGCCCGACGCGUUCAUCUUUGGUUCGUUUGUGCACAUCUGGGCCAGAUGAACUUUAUAACAGCUCGGAGCCAUUCGGGGGAAAGCAAAGGAACGAGUGCAAAUUUCCUGGGACAAGUGAGUUGAUUGCUGCAUCAGGGAAGGCGACGAGAGGCGUUGAUUUAUAUCGGCUGUGGGGCACUUUUAACACCGCCUGUUAAAAAUUUGAUAGAUCGGUUUCCGUUCGGCGCGAGAACGGUUCGGGGUCGAGUGAUAUGAAAAAGAAAUUUCAAGAAAAUGAUCUCGAGUCGUGAAUAAUAUCCACAAAGUAUGUCGAGACGCAGAGAAAGUAGAUUGGUUCGCUCAACUUUCCGCCACCCGACCCAUUCGUCUGUGCGUGCACACGAAGCGAACGAUGGCUGAAGACCGAAAUAAUUCUCAAGGGUUCGUUGGACAGGCGCACACGGUAGAACACGAUGGUUCGGUUUCAAUGUCAGCACCGGCAAUGUCGGCCAUGCAGUCGGGGUCAGGAAUUGUAGCUGUCGGUGGUGGUGGAGGCGGCGGCGGCGGCGGCGGUGGCGGUAGCAGUAGCGGAGGAACCAUCGCAAAAAUUGGAGAUGUUCCACGAGACGAUUCCCCGCCACGGGGUCCACGAACUUUGCUUCUACGCCGCGGCGAAAAUGGGUUCGGCUUUACCCUUCGUCAUUUUAUCGUUUAUCCCCCAGAAUCUUGUUGCAUGUUACCGGGGCACGAGAGGGCGAGAAUCGAAGAGCCGAUGGACACGAUAUUCGUGAAGCAGGUGCGCGGAAAUUCUCCGGCAUCCGAAGCAGGAUUGCGUACAGGUGAUCGAGUAGUUUCCGUUGACGGUAAAGCGACGCGCGGUGAACAGUACGCGAAGGUGGUGCAGCGUAUCCAGCAAGCAGGACCAUGGCUACGGCUGCUGGUGGUCUCGAAAGAGGAUGACAUUUUGCAGAGAUACUUUGGUGAAACGGCUCAUAAUCCCGAGACGAAUCAACGACCGCGGCUGCGUUCUCCCGAAAGGAGCACCGGCCAAAAGCAACGUAGAUCCGUUAGCAUGAUCCCUGGUUUAUCCCCGAGAACCAGGCAAUCUUGGAUUUGUUCCGCGCCAAGUUCGAUGCAAUGCGAGACGGAUCGACCGAUCGACGAUGGUCUCUCUUACCGGGAUCAAGAUGCGCGAUCGACGGAAUUUUUCAAGGAAAACCAGCAGAAACAUUCAAAUGGGAAAACGAUCUCGCAAUCACCGUCCCAAACACAGUCGACAUAUCAUGCUAAACCCUUUCAAGGAAUAGCAGCUCGUUCCGAUUCGAUCGACGAGAAAGUAUUAUUACGAAAUCAACAGCAACAACCUAUCGACGACGAUCUUUCGAAGUCGAGCGAUACACAUGGCUGCGACAGAUACGAUAUCUAUGAUAGAACGCGUCCCGUGUCUAUUUACUCCAGAACGAAUAGCGAACAAAUUUACGAUAGAAUCAAGGAUCCUAUAUACGAACGCGUCGAUCCGGAGGAACAGGACCAUCACCAUCUCCGUCAACAUCGCAGUCAGCAGCAACAACAACAGUAUUAUCCACAAACGCACCAACAGCACUCCGGCGUGGCACGAUACCCUCUGUCGCGAGCGGAGCCACAGGUACCCAUUUAUCGACCAUCCAUGAGAAGAGUGAGCUCGCGGCGCGCCAGCGAAGGAAGCACCGCUAGUUCGACGAUCAACAAUUUUCAAGUGACGAGCUACGCCAGCACCGACGCGCUCAGAUCAUGCGAGCCAGGCUCUAGGAAUAGCAUCGAUUCGGGAAGAGAUUCCUCUCCGAUUCAUUCGAUCGACGAUCCCUCUCGUUACGAUUCCUCCUGUGUCCUCUUAGAGGCCGGAGCGAACGGGAACACGAUUGGAGGCGGUAACGGAAGUAGAGGCGAAUCGAAGAACGGAAAUUCUGGCAUCGAUGAUUCCGUGAUCAUGACAAGGCUACGAAAGAGUUUCGAACAGAAAGAGGAGUUCUUGCGAAGACCCUUCACCAGUCAUUCGAUAGGAUGGUUUCUAUCGGAAGAGAGAUGCGAGUCUCCUGUGCGAAGCAACGGCUCGACCACGAUACCGCGCGAAUUUUACGCGCGACCACAGAAACUUCAGAAACAGAUUUGGCCACCGAACGAUCCGAAGCAGGAGCGACAGUGUUCGCCGCUGGGAUCCAGUCACGAUAGAGCCUGGUUUCCCGAUAAAUUCCCAUUGGACAAGGUUCCCUCGAGUUCGCGCAACGAAGAAAGACUGAAACGAUCGGAGGCAGCGACCGAAGCAACGAAGAUAGAACAACCCGAAUAUUUCAGUAGUACUCGUUCGUUGGAAGACGGUCGUCUCUGUCCGUCAACCGUUCGCAACGAUAGCCAACAUCGCGAAGAUUCUACGCCGAAAGAAGUCGACAGGCAACAGCAACCGACGCAUCGAAGCUCUGCCGCCGGAAAAUCGGGUUUCGUCGGUACCCUGUCCAGAAUACACGAGAACAUCACAAGCGCUGCGGCCCUGCUUUCGAGCGAGCGUCGCGACGCUUCCACGUCUCUCCCUUCUUCGCCGGGCCCGGACAAGAAGACCAACGAUAAGCUCCCAACGCUUCCAACUCUACCACUUCCUCAGGGCCUGCAGAUCGUGUCGAAACGCGCGAAACAAUUCGAAUCGGGACGUCUGCUCAGCGACGACGACGAACCGACCGGUGAUCGAACCAGCCUCUACAAGAGUGAAUUGUCGCGGCUGUCCAGUAAGCGGAGCGUACCAAAUGUUGCCGUUCGGAAGAGAGAGUUUGAAUCGAAAGCUGAAGCUCAAGAACCACGAAGAUCUACCGUAACCACCAGGGAAACGAGGUCGUUAGAUGCCGGUAACGGAUUAAAAGGGAACAGAAUAAUACCUGUUGGCAGCAGACGCAUUCACUGUGAACCACCGAUUGACUCUAAACCAAUCCAAGAUACGUCGAGCCCGAUAUCGAGGUACACGGAUAGCGGAACCUCCUGUGCAAGAGUUCGAUGCAACAGCGAGGAAUCUUGGGAAUCGACGAUGGAUCGUAUACAAACGGUUAGGCACCGAUGGCCGCAACGUCAGGAGGAUUCUCUAGGGCGAAGGCAGCACAGCCGUGACAAGGAAAACGACAACGCGGUCGCGAACGAGAAAGAUCCAGAUCAGGAUAAAGUUAAAGAUAUGGAGAAGGCGGACUCUUACGCGAACACGACGGAUUCGAAAAUCACUGAUCACGGUUCCGCGGCGGGGACGGAUGACAGCGUACACGGCAACGAAGUUGUGUUCAGACGGCAGAAGAAUGUGCAAACUGCCGACGAAGAUCGCGCCACAAGGAGGGUUUCGUAUUUGAAAGCAACUUGGGGCGAACGAAUGCACGUCGACAGUGAUUUGGAUUUGAGCGAUUCCGAACCUAUUCACACGUCAAGAAUCGGUCAUAAGAGAUGGCGGCUAUCGCUGAUCCCAAACGAUAUAGCAUCUCUGCGGCGCAUCUUCGAGGACAUGACACAGUCGGUGUCUUUGAACAGAAAUAGUUAUCGGAGCACGUGCACUGGUCAGGAGACGACCGACAUGGCCAAAGACAUCGUUGAGCAAGUUGAGCGAGAGGGUCCGUUGCAUGUAAAGUUCACGGUGCUCGAUGGCAAGAGAUCUUCCGAUCGUUCGUGGAAACAAGUUUGGGGCGUGCUUCGCGGACCGAUCCUCUGCUUUUACAAGGAUCGUCAAAAUCAGAGUCCUUCGUUGGCUAGCGAUGGUGAAGGCGUAGCGCAGAGUGUGGACGUCAGAUGUUCCUUGGUGGAUAUCGCGGAGGAUUAUACGAAGCGUAAACACGUACUACGUUUGGCGAAUCCCAGUGCAGAAGUUUUAUUACAAACCGAAGAUGCCGCGUCUAUGGCUCUCUGGCUACGGUCGCUACACGAGAACGCCGCCGCUGAAAAGCCAUCCGAGAUGGCGUACAAUAGUAGCUUGAAGCAGCAAGCUGUACCGCAAACUCCGGGUCCUACCAGCAGUAGCAGCGGUAGCGCGACAUAUCAAACGACUAGCGGUAGCGCCAGUGGUGCGAUCGUGCUAUCUAACAGCGGUGGUAUCAGUGGCGGCAACGGUAGUGGCAACGGGCAAAGAUUGAGUCCUCUUCCUGGACACAAAGGCAUCAAGAAGCUGACCUCGUUCAGAAAUAGAUCUCCAACCGGUCAGUUACCUAUCAACAAGACGCGAAAAUCGAGCCAAACGAUCGAAAGUUUAGUUUCUCCGAAAACGAAGACGUGGAAGGGUAGGGUUGCGAAACAACUGCGAAGAAUGCACGGGCAAACUGGACCGCCUUCUUCGCCGACCACUCAGCUUCCACCCGAGGGUGCUACCUUUAAGGUACCGCUCGAACUGUGUCCACCGUCAACGUUCUCGGAAUACGUACCUUUGAUCGUUGAAAUGUGUACGAGCAUCGUCGAGGCGAGAGGCCUGGAGGUUAUCGGUAUUUACAGAGUACCUGGUAACACAGCGGCUAUUUCGCAUCUGACCGACAGUGUGAACAAAGGAUUUGAGAAUAUUAAUCUGCAGGAUCCCAGAUGGAGCGACGUGAACGUGAUAUCAUCCCUUCUAAAAUCCUUCUUUCGACAUUUGCCUGAUUCGUUGCUUACGGCGGAAUUGUAUCCCAUGUUCAUCGAUGCCGACAAAGUCGAAGAUCCGCAGAGAAGAAUGACAACGAUACGAAAGUUACUUAGAGAUCUUCCGGAACAUCAUUUCGAAACAUUGAAGUACUUGAUGUUCCACCUGAAGAGGAUAGUCGAGCACAGCGAGAUCAACAAAAUGGAAGCGAAAAAUUUAGCUAUCGUUUUCGGCCCCACUUUGGUUCGUGCGAGCGGUUCCAGGGACAACAUGGUUACCAUGGUCACGGAUAUGUCGCAUCAGUGCCGAAUCGUCGAAAGCUUGUUGAACAACGUGGAGUGGUUCUUCUCGGACGACGAUUUGGACGAUCUGAGUAGGCUGAGCGUUAAUCUUAGCCUUCCGGCCGAUACGAACGAGAUAGACACAACAUCAAGCAAUAAUCAUAGCCUUCUAUUGAACAAUAUCCAAAAAGUUGAAGGUGUUCGAGAAAUGGCAUCCGCGAAAGAUAUUGUUUCGUCGAUCAUAUCCGCUGCCAACCGUAAGAUACAAAGACGAAGGAAAGGACAGGACGAAACGGACAACGAUAAUCAUGAAUUGGACAAGGUUCGUGGAAUCUCGUCGAAAUCUAAGCAGGAAACCGAGAGUUUGGCCAAUCGACGAAGCAUGGCGUUGAACGAACGACAGUGUUCGGUCAGUGAGAUCGUUUUGAUGCACGAGAAUAAAAAUCAACCGAGUCGUGGCACGGAUCGGUCGGCGACGGUCGACGUGGCUGCGAUGGAUAUGGUUGUCGGAGGUGGCAGCGUCGAAGGCGUUGGAGGCGUCGGUGGUAAUGAUGACGGUGACGGUGCAGGGGCCGGUGUCGUGACAAUGUCGGAUUGCGACCGUGUUGGCAACGUGGCGACGGCCGAUAUUGUGAGCAGCAACGACGACGGCAUUCCAUUCGAAAGAUCGAGAAAAUACUCGUUGAUGAAUCCCGCGAUGACUACGAUAGAAUCGCUCGAACCGACUCGUCGCUCGGCCGUCUCGUCGGCAUCCGAGUCGUCGCGACUCUCUAGCGAGACUGGCUUGAGCUGCUUCGACGCAAGCUCUGUGAUCUCGAGCGUCUCGAACGAGACGAAACAGAGCAACGACGAGAUCACAAUAAGAACGUAUGCUGGAUUGAGCGCAACCACCCAAGAACGAAUACGGAGGUUCGAGCAAGAGACGAAAGCGAUGCUGCAACGAGAUCAGAAUCGGCAGAGACGGGAAGCCGAAAAGAGAGAGGAGGAACGACGAAGAAUCGAGAUGGAGUGGCAGCUGGCAAAACGCGAAAUGGAGAACGACGACCUACUCGAUAGCAUAGUCGACACCACCGUGGCACCCACCUACUUCGCCGCGAAUGCUCGACUUUCCGCUUUCAACGACAGGCUAGCCGACAAGUCUUACCUUGAUAUUGGAUCGCUUCUCUCGACGGGUCAGAUACCUUCUCUCUCGAUAGCGGUACAACAGCAACCUACCAACGGCGCGAGACGUUUUGCGCAACAGCACAACGACGAUUCGAUGCCAACAAUUUUACAAUCUACGACGCAACCGACGCCGCCGUCGCCACCGCCGCCGCCGCCAACGCCGACUCCGACUCCAACCCCGCCACCGCCGCCGCCACCAUCUGACAACCUUACCGAUUCCAUCAUCAAAAAGUUGAAAACGGACACAGAGGAGCCGGCGUUGGAAGCAUCGCCGGUCCCACCGGCUCGAUACGGAAGCUUGGACUCGCUGCACGAGACGAACGAUCUUUCUCGCUCAUCGUUCUCGUCCUCGAUACACCAGCAACGAAAACAACCACUUUCGAGCGACGUUUCGGAUGAUGGCGGAUCUUGUUUUCUACAAUGGACUCAGAAGAUUCUAACUAUUAACAAAAAGCUUUCUAGGCAAACGGCAAGCCCCGGCUUUUGGUGGUACAUAUCGUCCCACCUUCACGGUACUACCACCGCAGCCACCAGUGGUUCCACCUCGAAGACUCAGGAUCCACCGUCCAUACAGAUGCCAAUGCCAAUACCAAUACCGAUGUCGAUGCCAAUGCCAAUACCAAUACCAAUGCCACUGUCAAUGUCAAUGUCAAGGGCAAUGCCCGUGCCCGUGCCAAUGCCAAUGCCAAUGCCAAUGCCAAUGUCGAUGUCAAGGCGAAUGCAAAUGCCGACGGGGUCAGUGUCAGACGAGGUCGGCGUCGAUGUCGUGCAACGAUCGUCGAUGUCCGUCGCAUCCUUGCCAAGAGUACCACCGGCCUCGGAGCCCUCUGAACUCGCGGAAUCUAACGAGAUCGUCGAACAAUCACGCCGAAGGGUCUCGGGCUCAGGGGCCGGAUUGUCUUCCAAGACUUUAAACAGAUUCCUUCGAGGUAGUGAUCUGUUGACUAGCUUGACGACAACAUUUGAUCGGAAAUGGAAAUCCUUGGUAAAUUCAUCGAAUCAUAGCGUUCGCGGAUCUGGCACGGAAAACGCGUCCAUCAGUGACGAAGACAUUGUGGGAACAAGGGACUCGCCCGUCACUGCGAGGCACCUGCAAGACGUACGUGAAAAAAGGAAUGAACGAAAACUCGCGAAUCCUGUUCAACCGGUGGAUCCCAGUUUAGUAGAGACUUAUCGAGAUCCGAGUUUGCACAAGUCAAGCUUUCAGAAACACCAACAUGUUCGCCAAAAAAAUGAUAUCCCGGAAAAGGAUACAGAUUGUUCGGUAACGGCAACCUGCAGUGCCAAGAGACUGGAGACCGACCAAGUCAAGAACCAAGAUAAGGAACACGACAAUGACAACAUACCCGAUAACGAUCGAAGCGCGAUUGCCCGGCGAAGGAUCGACUCGAAACAGGAUGAACCGCGAUCGUGCAAGGAGGCGGACGAAUCGAGCGACAUGCAGGAAUGCUGCAGACUCGCUGGCGCAUCGCAAAAGGAUGGCAACGCGACGAUAACGCGAGAAACGCGAGACGGCAGGUCCGUUCCCGACGAUGAAAAGUAUUUUCAUUACGACCUCGUCGACUCCUCUGAUCCGAGUUACACGAACAAACUAGAAAAAUUUGAAAGUAUGACGACAAAUUUGGAAGUUCGGUCACGGCUAAAGAGAUCAGAGUCGUUGAACAAAAGAUCGGAGAACACUUGCUCGAAAUUGAAGAGAUCGGAAAGCUUGAACAAGCAUUCGGCCGAGCGACUGCAAAUGUCGUCACCGACGAGUGGCAAAUUAAAGAGAUCCGAGAGUUUGAACAAGCACUCGGAGAGGUCCGACUCGCCGAACAGCAAGCUGAAACGAUCCGAAUCGUUGACAAAGACUGAAAAGACGGAAUGCAAUAUCAGCAAGAAACGGCAGUCGGUUCGUAAAGACAGCGCGACCAAGUUGAAACGAAAAAACGGCAUGCCGGAACGAUCGAUUAAGCGAAGACACACGGUUGGCGGCACGAAAGAUUUCGACAAAGUGCACUGGCUGGACAAGCUGCAAACGGAAACCGAGAGGGUCGCCAGAAACGAGUACAGACCGAAGAAGAGCCAGUUGAGAACGAGCUCACCCGAUCUGAGCACUGGCCGUAUCGGUGCUCUCACGGACGCUAGUUUCCUAAUCGAAGUCAGUUUUCGCGGGCCGAGCAACGUUGUUUUCAACGUCGCGACCAACGCUCGACCGCAGUCUUUGCCGGACACCAGUUUAGCCUCCAAAGUCUUUAAAGUUCCCCUCGAAAGCCACGUUUAAUUGAAUCGUUCAAUGAUCGCGCGUGCUACGAUACCUCUAGCCGCCCGAACAACUCGAUCUACGAGGCUAUGAAAGUAGCGAACCUUGGGGGCUUCGAUCGUCCGCCCAUCCGCAUUUCUCCUUUUUAUAUUUUACCUUAUCCGUCUCUACUUCUGGCCAAGCAUUUACAUCUCAGCGCGUCAAUUAUAAUAUAUAUACAAUUAUAUAUUAUAUAUACGAGUACAAUUAUAGAAAUGUACGCAUCGUACUUGCGAAAUGUGAUCGUGUGCAAUCUUUUCUGUAUAUAACGUUCAGUCGCGUGAAGCGAUGUGACCGUACAACGACGCCGUCUUUGUAUUUUUUACUAAUCGAUCGAGAAAGACUCGAAGAAUCGUUAUUAUAUUAUUCGAAAGUAGACUUUCCUUGUUAGGAAUAAUCGAUGACGUUACCGCGAUUCACAAUGCACCAAUUCUAUCGGAAGCGAUACCGGUUGGUUCCUUUCUUCUUCGAACAAGUAUUACCGAUUAGCGAUUGCUUUCUUCUCAUUUAAACAAUCCACGGUGGAUUCGAUCCAACGUUCAUAAUGGCCGAUACAAUUAUGGUCGAUCAAGUUUUUCGAACGCGGUGCGAAUGCGAAUGCGAAUGAAAGUGCGAAUGAUGAUGUGAAUGGAAAUGUGAAUGGAAAUGUGAAUGGAAAUGUGCGAAUGAUAAUGCGAAUGAAAAUACGAGUGCGAAUGAUAAUGCGAAUGAAAAUACGAGUGCGAAUGCUAGUGCAUGCUUAACUACCGCUAGUUUGUUGCUUGCGCGAGCGUGUCACUUCUGUAGCAUCUUUACGUGUACAAAAAGAGUGCGAGAAGUAACAGCCAACGAUUAAGUGGUAUUUAUUUCCGGUUCGUAACACCCAUGAUAAUGUUAUUUAUUAAAUGUAUCGCGAGUCGACUAAUUGAACAAUUCAACAUUACAUGCAUCGCGAGAACAUACUCGCAUGCUACGAAUUUGUAAAUAAAACUUACGUAUUAACAAUUGAAACAAAA